AUGAAGUUUUUCCUGUUGACACUGGUUCUGCAGGUCACUGUUUCUGGAGCUGUUCCUCUGACCAACUCCAUAAUCCUGAAAGAUGAUGAUGUGGCAUUUGCUGAAAGAUAUUUGGGAAACUUUUAUGGUCUUGAGGUGGAGAGAACACCAAUGACAAAAAUGAAAGACGAUAGCAACUUUGAGAAAAAAAUCCAGGAAAUGCAGCAGUUCUUGGGGCUAACAGUGACUGGGCAACUGGACACAUCUACUCUGGAGAUGAUGCACACUCCUCGGUGUGGUGUGCCCGACAGUCAGCCUUUCAGGACAUUUGCAGGCAGGCCAGUAUGGCAAAAACGUUCUCUCACCUACAGAAUCACCAAUUACACCCCUGACAUGAAGCGUGAGGAUGUUGAUGAUGCCGUCCAGAAAGCUUUCCAAGUAUGGAGUAACGUGACCCCCCUGAAAUUCAUAAAGGUUAAUCAAGGCGAGGCUGACAUUUUGAUACUUUUUGCAUAUGGAGAUCAUGGAGACUUCAGUGCUUUUGAUGGCAGGGGUGGAAUCUUGGCCCAUGCUUUUGCACCAGGAGCUCGUAUUGGAGGCGAUGUACACUUUGAUGAGCAUGAACACUGGACUGAAAAUCACCAAGGUGUAAACUUGUUCCUUGUUGCUGUUCAUGAGAUUGGCCAUUCCCUGGGUCUUUCCCAUUCCAAUGAUCAAAGAGCCAUAAUGUUCCCCUCCUACAGAUAUUUAAACCCCAACACGUUUCACCUUUCUGCUGAUGACAUACGCGGCAUUCAGUCCCUCUAUGGAGGCCCAGAAAAGCAUCCUCGCCUUCCAACUCCCGACAAUCCAAAUCCAGCUGCCUGUGACCCCAAUUUGAGUUUUGAUUUUGUCACUACAGUGGGAGAUAAAAUCUUUUUCUUUAAAGACAGGUAUUUCUGGUGGAAGUUUCCUGAGAAACCAAAGACGAGUGUUAGUCUAAUUUCUUCCUUAUGGCCCACCCUGCCAUCUGGCAUUCAAGCCGCUUAUGAAAUUGCAGCCAGAAGUCAAGUGUAUCUGUUUAAAGAUGACAAGUAUUGGUUAAUUAGCAAUUUAAGACCACAGCCAAACUAUCCCAAGAGCAUACGUUCUCUGGGUUUCCCUGACUCUGUGAAAAAAAUUGACGGAGCUGUUUUUAACCCACUUUACCAUAAGACCUACUUCUUUGUAGAUGACCAGUUUUGGAGGUAUGAUGAGAGGAGACAUUCCAUGGACCCUGGCUAUCCCAAAUUGACUACCAAGUACUUCCCAGGAAUUGGGCCUAAAAUUGAUGCAGUUUUCUAUUUUAAAAGUAAACACUAAUAUUUCUUCCAAGGUUUUAACAAAUUUGACUAUGAUUUUCUAUUUUGUUAUAUCACCAGAAGACUGAAAAGCAACAGCUGGUUUGGUUGUUAG